AUGACCAGCACUCUGCAGCCCUCAAAACCGCCACCGCUCUCGCCGAGUGCUCGUUCAUCCUACACCCUCACACGAAGCCAAAACGAAGCUAACAUGUCCCGCCCCUCGCGCUUCUGGGCCCCCGCACCCCCACCCGCGACCAAGCUCGGCCGCCACCGCCGACUCGCGCCCCUCGCCGGCAUCCACGUCUCGCCCAUCUGCCUCGGCGCUAUGAGCAUCGGCGACCAGUGGGGCCAGUACGGCAUGGGCAAGAUGGACAAGGACCGCAGCUUCCGCCUGCUGGACGCGUUCUACGCCGCGGGUGGCAACUUUGUCGACACUGCGAACGCGUACCAGGAUGAGACGUCCGAGCGAUUCCUCGGCGAGUGGAUGGCCGCGCGCGGCGUGCGCGAUCAGAUGGUCGUUGCGACGAAGUAUUCGACGAACUACAAGCGCGCGGCGGACCUCCCGCAAAAGUCGACGUACGUCGGCAACAACAUGAAGUCGCUCUACCUCUCCGUCGAGGCCUCGCUCGCGAAGCUGCAGACGGACUAUAUCGACAUUCUCUACUUGCACUGGUGGGACUGGGAAUGCAGCAUCGAGGAGGUCAUGAAUGGCCUGCACCAUCUCAUCGCACAGAGGAAGGUGCUGUACCUCGUACGCAUUCUUUUGGCGGGAGGCGAUGGCACGGCAGCGGCAGCUCACACCGUGCAAGGGAGUCUCCGACACGCCCGCGGCGCGUGGCGCAUCCUGCAGCGCAAAUUUGAGCGCGAGAUCAUUCUCAUGGCGCGUGAGGAAGGGAUGGCGCUCGCGCCGUGCAACGUCCUUGCGGCAGGCAGGAUCCGUACGGAUGAAGAGGAGGAGCGGCGGCGUGAGACGGGCGAGCUGGGCCGCAGGACCGCCUCAAACGAGUGGGAGCGCACUCCUGAUCAGAGAAGGGUGUGCCAGGCGCUGGAGAAGGUCGCCCAGGAGGCUGUCUUUUUGCACUCGCAUGCAGUGGCGAUCGCGUACGUGAUGCAGAAGACGCCGUACGUGUUCCCAAUCGUCGGCGGGCGCAAGGUCGAGCACCUGAUGGACAACAUUGCCGCGCUGGACAUCGCGCUGAGCCCCGCGCAGAUCGCGCACCUCGAGGAUGUGCUCCCGUUUGACGUCGGCUUCCCCACCUCGAUGAUUGGGGACGGCCCGGAGUUCAUCGCCAUGUACAAGGCGUCGGGCCACUUUGACAAGUGGCCGACCCAGCAGGCGAUCCGCCCGGAGGAGUAG